UUACAAUGACCCUCCAGUACAAUCACCCUUCAGUGGAAAUUCCCAUGAAAUAUACUUGAAUCAUAUAAAUACUUCAAGUCUCCCUCAAAUGGGAGAUAAGAAAGAAUCCUACAUAUUUAGCAAAAUAGACUAGCCAUACUGACACGGAAUGAACACUCUCAAAAUUGUAGGUCUGCUCUGCAGUUUAGCUUUUCUGGUCCGGUCCGCACACCUUCCAGAGAGGUCAAUGGACGCAAGGAGUUUGGUCGAAAAAAUAUUAGGCAACAUACCCAUGGUUCACGGGUCUAGUGUCAAAAUCACGGGCCUGACCCUUGACCCGUCCAGCCAGUCUAGGAACAUACCGUACCAGUCCAUGGUGACCUCCCUGGGCAUCCCCGCAGCACCAGAACUAAAGACUGUCUGCAGACCCCUAAACCAAAUCGACUUCACCCUGGAGGUGUGUCUGAGCAGUAUGUCUGCGGGGCUGCAGCUGUAUCAGGAUGUGCUGGGUGUGCUGAAGGAGCGUGUGACCACUGAAAAGGUGACAGGACUCCUGGCUGACAUCAGAGACCUGCUGGCCCAGGUCAACAAGAUGCAGGAGCCGGGCCAGAUGAGCAGUGUGGCCCAGUACGAGGCCUCGGGACUGGCCUCACGCCUCCCAGGGGACUACGAGGUUCAGGUUGCCACUCAUUUUAUCCUGUUGCAGCUCCGUGACUUCACACAGAACCUAAAACGCAGCCUGCGCAAUGUCGAACACUUGACUUCCAGGCCAGGACAGAGUGGCUGAACUACUCCUUUUCAGGCCAGGACAAAGGGGCUGGGCUGCACUCUACAGCGGCAGCAAAACCUGUGCAGACAUGGAUGGAGGACCGGAGUGGGGUCGUCCGUGCCAGAAGCCUAUUGGACUUCUCAGGCAGCUGCGUCAUUCGAGCCUGCUUCAGUCUUUCUAUUUAUUCUGUCAAUCAAGGUCAAACGGGACAUUCGAAAACAUGAAGCAAGUGGAGCACUUUAUCUGAGAGAGAGGGACGGUACACAAUUGGUUUUGGUUUUGGUGCCAUCCCCUAUCUGCCAAGAUCUGGUCCUCAUCCUUUAACUGCAGGUAGCUGGCCUUGUUCGAUCUGUUCCCCAUCAAUUGGUACAAUAGCAACUGAAGGACUGAGUACCUGCGUUUCUUCAUCUCUUUCUCCCCAUGAGGGUUUUGUUCUUAGCUUGUCCUGCUAGUCUACGACACCUCUGAUUGCUGUCUCAGGUUUUCCUUGAGAUAAAGCAACACUGAUAGCUGCCAGAUAGUGGCAAGUCCCCGCCUGCACUCCCUCUAACUCGGAUGUGAGAUAAACCAUGUCCACUGUUUGAUUUGUCUGUUGAGGCUCUUAGAUACUUAUUUAUACUUAAAAUAUAUAUUUAUAUUUAUGAAGUACUGAGAUAUUUGUUUGUGUAUUUUAAUUUAUUUUGCGUAUUCAUGUCUAUUUAUUUAAUGUAUUUAUAUUGUAUGUGUUUUGUAUUGAUUGAUACAGUCAUCCCUAGAAUAAUUUUCUGGUGGGUGUCAAAAGAUUUGUAUUGUAUGUGGUUUUGCAGAGAGGUAAAACAAAUGUUAUAUACCAGCAGCUCCGAUCUCCUUCCCUUUGAUUUAUUUAUUUAUUAUAUAUUUUUUUACAGGAUAGUAGGAAGUCGGGAGACAUGUAUAGAACAAACAGUGAGGAAGGGUUUUAGACGAGCGGCCGAGUUGCCUUGAAGGCAUGUUGUCACGGUUUUGACUUGAGGUUAUUGUUUGUAGGGGUGCCAGUUAGGUUGUGCCGACCAGAGAAAAUAUUGCUUUCUCCUUUUUGUUUUGUGAGGGAACGAGUCCCGUCUGGUCCGUCAAGUCUACACCAAUACAAAGGACACAUGGAAAAGGAUGGACAUACACUUUUCAUUAACCAUUAAAAACAUUGGAAAUAA